AUGGCGAAAAAAAGACGUGAGCCUACAUCAGACCUAGAACAGGAAGGUCGUGAGUCUCAAAAGAGAAAGUUUGUUGCCUGUCAGCGAUGUCACUCGCAUAAGAUCAAAUGCUCCGGAGAUUUACCAUGCACCAAAUGCCGCUCGGUAGGCUGCGCCGACGAAUGCGUGUAUGCCACUCGGGAUCGCCAGGUGAAAGUGAGUGAGAAAGCGCCAUCUCGGCCUGCAGAUGCUCCUGACGGAACGGGGAUUCAGAAUCCUCUGAUUGGAGACCGAGCCUGGUUUCAUCGGUACGACCCAUCCUCGCCGCCCAUCUAUAUCGGCGAGGCAGCAUGCUCGGCAUUCGCCACUCGAUUUCGUCGCUUCUUGACCGGAAACAGUGCAAUGCCACACAUUGCAAGAACACAAUACGAGCGGGAAGAGAACAUCGCUGCAGCAAACGAGGCUGAUAUUCAAUGGCCAAGUCUCCAUCAUGCUCGGCUGUUGGUCAGGAUAGCAAUCCACCAAAUUGGACAUCUGUACCACCUUAUGAUGCGCAAGUCAACGUUGGACAAGCUGGAAGAGAUCUACCAGACCCAAGACUUCGAUUGCAGAGCUAGCAAAUGCAAAUUCUUUGCUUUGUUUGCCUUUGGGCAGGCAUACUCUAUCCGAUCCGAGCCAUACUCUGGAUCGCGGGUACCCGGGACAUCAUACUUUGCAAGAGCUAUGGGAUUGGUUCAGAUUCUUCCAGAGAGAACGAGUGUAACACAUUUGGAAACUUUGUUGCUGCUAUCCUUAUUCUCAUACUAUCUCAACCGACGGCAUUCGGCCUACAUUCUAAUUGGAAACGCCAUGCGAAUGGGCUUAACAAUCGGACUGAACCACAGCAUCCCUGAGUCCCAGCUAAUUGACCCAGUUGAACGCCAGCACCGUAUCCAGAUAUGGUGGACAAUCUACAUAUUUGACCGGAUGUGGGGAUCAAAAAUGGGACUUCCGAUGCAAAUACUCGACGAUGACAUCCACGUUGACAUGCCAUCAACGAUAUCUCCUCGCUGGCGCCACGAAGAAGAACUAUCCGACAGUGAAUACAUGACAGCCAAUAUCAAACUGGCCCGUAUAGUCGGCGAAACAAUCACAAAGCUUUACAGUCGACGAAAGUACCAAGAAACCUUCCUCCAGCGCGUCCAAAAGCUCCUCAAAGCUCUGAAGCACUGGGUGGAAACCCUCCCUGAGUCCCUGCGACUCAAUAUGGAGGAUCUGGAAUCCAGCAAAAAGCCGAUUGUCUCUCUCCACAUGGCCUUCAACCAAUGUGUGAUCCUAUCUACACGUCCAACACUGCUCCACCUCUUGAUGACACUAGGUCAAACGAAACCAAGCGGGACCGAGAGCGAGAGCGGAACCGAGACCGAUAGCGCCUCUGUAUCACAACCGGUGCUGACGCUAAGCGAGGCAUGCAUCCAUGCAGCACGGCAUUCACACUCCAUGAUCCUAACACGGUGGAUCAACGGGUCAAUGCCGACGUUUGGGUAUUUCCACGCACACUAUUUGUUUUCGUCGGCAUUGAUCCUGGCAAUGUCGAGCUUUGUCCCAAUUGGGAAUCCAUCCGACAUGACCGGGUUUGACUCCGCGCUGGACUUGCUGCGUUCGAUGACAGAGAACGGGAAUCUAGCAGCUGCCGAGUUCUACAAAAAUUUGGAGCAGGUGAAAAUCUGUCUGGAUUCCUAUCGCGGGUUGAAGGCUGGUCGGGGUGAAGGGGGCGUCGAAGUCGCUAGCGCAACUAAUCUACAGGCUGAUCCUGGCUCUGCAUCUGGGUUUACUGGGCUAUCAACGUUGACAAACGUGACGGCUCAUUCCUCGAUGCAUCCUUUGCCGCCGAAUACAUGCACCUCUGCCCCUGCGUCGGUCACGUCGUUGGUGGCGCCUCGCGAAUCAUUAGCUUCUGCUCCCACUGGUCUGCCAAUCCAGCAAGGCAUUGACGCAUAUGCAUUUCCGAUUCGCGAUACUGUCAGCGGGUACACGACUGAGAUGGCGUUCUUGGAGCCGACUAUGCAGGAUUUCCUUGCGCAAUCGGAUAUCGAUCUUGGCUUGUUGCACCCUGUUGAUGCGUUCUUUAACGAAGCGGAAAACCUUUAUACUUGCCAUGAGUUAUGA